UGUUUACAACAUCCAGAUGAGCACACCACCAUCAACCGGCCCCCAAAAUAUUGGAAAUACCCAACAUCCAUGCACCUUUUGAACUACAGAACCUCUGAACCAGACAAGAGCAGUAACAUACAGACAGAGGCUAACAACAAUAUUCUACAUGCCAUAAGAGCAGCUAACAGCAUGAGAGAAUUGCAUGCAUUUAGCCUACCUUGUGUUACCCUAGUACACCAUGACUUGUUCUUUCUCAUCUACCACUUCUAUUCCCCAAGAUUACAUAGGAGCUGGUGGUGAAGAGAGGAUGAAGAGAAGAAAGAAUCUGGUGGGAGUGAGGCAGAGGCCUUCUGGAAGAUGGGUUGCUGAGAUCAAAGACACAAAGAAGAAGAUCAGAAUGUGGUUGGGCACUUUUGAGACUGCAGAGGAAGCUGCCCGGGCAUAUGAUGAGGCAGCAUGCCUGCUCAGGGGAUUCGACACCAAAACCAAUUUGGUACCUAGUGUUCUCAGGAAUUAUAAUCCUGCCCUAGCUUCCAGAAUAGCAAAUCUUCUCAACCACAGGAAUGAUUCUUUUGCUCCUGUGUCUGAACCCAAAGAGCAAUUGAUGCCUAAAUCCUGCUCAAGAAGCCCACAAUUCCAAGCCGUGUUAGUGCCUGAUAAUGGUGGUGCUCUGAAUCUUUUGGGUCAUGGGAUUGAAAAUCAGGGGAAAUUUAAGGAAGGGGGAAAUGGGUCAGCGAGAUUUUUAGAGUAUUUGUGGCCCAUGAAUUUGCAGCUGCCUGCUGUGAAUCAGAUGUUAGUUCCUGCCAUAGAUGACAGGGCUUCUGCGCAUGUAGAUUACUUUAGGUCUGAUGAUUUAGAUUCAUUCAGUAGUCAACCUAAUUCUUCUCCUGCAGUUCCUUCUGGGGCAUGGAAUAGAACUGGAGAAGAAAUUCAAGCCCAGUUCAUGCCUGAUAAUGGUGCUUCUCCUAAUGCUUUGAAUCAGGGGACUGCAAUUCAGGAGAAAUUAAGGAAGGGGAAAAUGGGUCUGUGAAUUUUUUAGAGAAUUUGUGGCCCACGUAUUUGCAGAUGCCUGGUGUGAAUAAGAUUUUAGUGCCCGCCAUGGUUGACUGUCUUCAAAGCCACGCAGACCAACGGGUUUUGACAAAUUUGGAUUACUUUCUACAGAGGUCUGAUAAUUUAGAUUCUUUGAGUAGUCAGUCUAAUUCUUCUUCUGCAGUUCCUUGGAAUUCUUAUGGGGAAAGGAAUAGAACAGGAAAUUGCAGUCCCUCAGGUGAUGAGAAUUUGAAUAAUGAAGGAGCUCUGUUGGAUCUUCUUCGGCUUUAAAGAACUUGAGGAAGGUUGAUUUGAGAAAAUUGUGGGGGUUUACUUUCUGAUUACAAAACUCUAGCCUUUUAACAGGGUUACUGCAUUUCUUAUUCAUUUUUCUAUGGAGGAGGAUGAUUUGGUAUACCUCUUGUCCGGGGCAAACAUAAGGGGGGUUCUUACACGGGAUAAUUCAUGGUGAAUGUGAUGGUUCAUUUCCUCCCACAUGUAAUGUUGAU